AGCCAAGGGGAACAACGGGCUAUAGACAACCAUCCACCAUCGCUUUCUCUGUCGCCGCGAGAGAACGGGCCAGUUAAAGAGACGUUGGCGUUGCUCUACUUUGCUUUACGACGAUGUCGCAGAAAUCGUUAAGUCUCAGUAGCAACUCGGCUUUUAGUAAACCCGAAGCGUUACCAACUGCACAGACUUUGAGCCUCUCCACCGAAAACGCUGAAAAUCAUAGUAGUAACUCGACGGAGAGCACCACCGGUACAAUGACAGCGACAGCUGCGACAACCGCUGCAACAAUGACUUCGGCGAGUAUAGCAACCGGCACUGAGAACAUUACUUUUAGCGUCGCAUCAUUAAUAUCACAUGCGGGACACGAGAACAGUAAACUUGACGAUCAGUGUAGGGAAACGCGGCACCAUCCACAUUCUCCAAGUUCAUCAACAAUCCCUUCAUCCUUCAGUGUGGAGGGCAUUUUAAGUAAACCAGUUUCCUCAAGAGAUACGAAUUCCAAAGAGGAGAUACCACUAACUCCUACAACCAAAUCGUCGUCUUGGACGACGGCAACCUUCCCGUGGCUGGACUCAUCAUUCUCAUCGUCAAAUGGACGUUCAUCACCUCCAAAAGUCUGCACUCUCAGGAAACACAAGACAAAUAGGAAACCCAGGACUCCCUUCACUACAUCGCAGUUGUUGGCACUGGAACGUAAGUUCCGUCAAAAGCAGUACUUGUCCAUAGCCGAGAGGGCCGAGUUUUCCGCCUCGCUCAAUCUUACGGAGACGCAAGUCAAGAUAUGGUUUCAGAACAGGAGGGCAAAAGCCAAGAGGUUGCAAGAAGCCGAACUCGAAAAACUUAAAAUGGCUGCUAAGCCACUUUUACCUCCGACUAUAAGUUUUCCAUUUGCCAAUGGCACUCAAGGGUUCUAUGCGUCACCGGCGUACAUGCGAUCACACCUUGGCCAACCCAUACAUCUGCCAACAUACGGCUUUUACCCGAUACCAGCAGCACAUGCCGGUUACGUGUACCCGUAGCUCUGUUUUAUUAAUCCGUCAAUUUUGAACAACGUCGUCGUCAAUAAAGAACAGGUGAACGCUUGGUUUUUGGAGACUUGAAACAUACAGAGACUCGACUUCAAGUUAAAAACAAUGUACGAAUAUAUAUAUACAUAUAUAUAUAGCGAAAUUAUGUGAAAUCGCUAAGAGACCUUUAUAUAUUGGACUGGCUAGCGAUUGAAGCUAGCCUGUUUGUUGUGUAACUCUUCACACAGAGAGCCGAUGUCGGUAAGACUGAUUUAAAAAUAACGAUGAUGAAAUGUGUUUAUUUAUCAUAAAUUGUGCAAAUAUUGUCAGCUGUAGCAUUUCGUUAUCAAAAACCAGUAAGGUGAACGGCCAGAUUUGGCCUAGUGAACUUAUUAACAAAAUAUUGUCAGCUUUCGGAAGUACGUUGUGUCUUUUUUAUAAUUUUGUUAUCAACGAGAUCCAGUUCCGAGUUUAGGCACACAUACAUUAUUUCAAUAUAUGUUAUUAUACGACCAGAUUUACUCCAAUUUUGAUUUGUAUUAAAUUUGGUAAAACUGUCUUCAGCUGGCGAUACAUACCUUAAUGUUUAAAGUUUGAAAAUACCUUCAUUGCAAAGUGUAUUUUGAAUACCAAGUUGGAUUGGUUAUUCUAUGUUGGUCUAACCAC